GGCUCAGACGCCAUGGAGUCCAAACGGGCCAUGGAGCUGGCGGACGCCGUUCCACCCGACGGCGAAGCGCCCGAGGCGUCGCCGGGCGAGGCGAAGCGCCGGCGUUUGGCACCGGAGGAUGUCCAGGUGGAGCUCAGAAAGGCGGGGCUGGUGCAGCCGGCGAUGGCCUUCAUCCAGCAGGUUGAUAAGAGGCGACGGCUCACUGCCCCGCCAGACUGUCCAUUGAAGAUGACCAAGCGCCAGGGGCAGGAGCUGGCUAUUGAUGUCAUGAAGCGUCGACGGAUUGUACCAGAGCAAGUGCCAGUUCUCAAAGUGCCCCCGUCAACUUGGGGGACAGACAUACAGGAGCUGUCCAUGCCUUCAGACAUCCUGCCUUUCAGACCCAUGAGCGCUCCUAGCGGCUUGGUCAAUACCAAUCACUGUGUUCAGUUGCUGCUUUCUGGCGCAGCUGGAUUGAAGCAAGUGACCUUGGACUCCCAUGGCAUCUUCUUCGAGGUCCACGAUCAUGGCUUCAUGAUGACAGAGCUUCCCCGCGGCUGGCAGCCCAUUGUGAACUCCUCUGGGCGCUUGGUGCGGGUGGCCAAAGUGGCGUUGGACUUCAAGGGCACCGCCUACUUCUUGUCGGAGCUCGGAGAGCUGCUGAUGAUGGUUUCAGCCGUGAGGUACCUCGAGCGUCCAAGCCCCUGCGAGAAUGAGAUCAAGCUUGAGUUCGUCGACAAGCAAAAGAUUCCAUCAUACGCGGAGGAAGACAACUUCAGUCCAUCAACUGUUUACGCUUCUCCUGGUAUGGAAGAUGCCACGGAUGAUGACGAUGAUGCAAUGGAGUGGGAAGAUCUUUGAGAGGCCCGUGCUGCGGGACUCAGGUUCACAAGCACAGGGAGUGAGCGGAAAGUGAGCUGCAGACGGGGGCCCGUAGACAUCUAGACUGGGCAGGCUUUGUGGAGCUUUGGAUUCGUACAUGUUGC